CGCUAGUCAUUAUGGUCAACGCAAUAAGCUAUUCGUGAGCAUCAUUAUUCAUUCUUGAUUGUCUAAUACCAACCGAAGUCCAUUCAGUGCUCUCGUCGCGCAAUUUACGCGCUCAAGCCCUUUGCGGUUUUCUCGUCGCGCAAAAGUUCUCAUUGCUUUCUCGAGCUCAAGCCUUUGCGCAACACGUAGCUGGUCCUGAAUUACAAUCUCGGCAUCAGGACCCGUGUCAUUGUCAUCAUUCGACGGCCAUGGAUCCAGGGGAAGGCGGCGGCCACGAUGGCUUCAUCAAGAGAACUAGACUGUCUCGACGCCCUGCUACUGACUACAGCGCGAACAUGGCCCAGUUUGUGCAUAAGCGCCGGCCACAAUACAAAGGAACCAUGGGAUUUGAGAUGGAAAGACCCAGUGCUAGUUACGUGAUAGACAUGCUCCUACCACCUGCCCGCAGGGGAAAUGCAGUGGAUACAGUACCGGCUAGACAUUUACACUCAUCCUUGAACAAGAUGCGCCAUCCUGUCAACGUGGUCAAAUGGACACCAGAGGGAAGACGUCUGCUCACCGGCUCGACUAGCGGUGAAUUUACUUUGUGGAACGGAACUGCGUUCAACUUCGAGACUAUCAUGCAGGCUCAUGACAGCGCGGUUCGGGCGGUGGCUUAUUCACACAGCAACGACUGGCUUAUCUCAGCAGAACAAGCUGGUAUUGUCAAAUACUGGCAACCCAACUUCAACAACGUCAAGUCAAUACAGGCACACAAUGACCCCGUCCGGGACCUGGCUUUUGCACCCACCGAUACGAAAUUCGUAACAGCAGCAGACGACGCUCAUCUCAAGAUCUUCGACUUCGCUGGUGGUAUGGAGGAGCUAGUCUUGGAGGGCCAUCAAUGGGACGCCAAAUGCGUAGACUGGCACCCUACCAAAGGACUCCUUGUAUCUGGCUCCAAAGAUCAUCAAAUCAAGCUGUGGGACCCUCGAAGUGGGCGAUGUCUUACCACACUUCAUGGACACAAGAACACUGUAAGCAAGACGCUUUUCGAGCCGACAAAUGGCGUGUUGCUGGCGUCUUGUGCUCGUGAUUCUACCGCGAGAGUCUUUGAUAUCCGCAUGAUGCGAGACGUCUUCCUACUUCGAGGCCAUGAAAAGGAUAUCAGCACGCUUGCUUGGCACCCAAUUCAUUCCAACUUCUUGACGACGGGAGGCUCCGACGGCGCAAUGCAUCAUUACUUACUGGACGAGCAAAAUCUUCCUCCUGGCUCGGCGGCCACGCUGUCCCCAUACGACGCGCCUGAGAAUUCGGAUGCGCCUGCCCAAACCAUCCAUCCUGCCCAUCGCGUAUCCUACGCACACGACUUUGCAAUCUGGAGUCUUGACUGGCAUCCCCUUGGUCAUAUCUUGGCUUCUGGAUCUAACGACCGAGCAACUAGAUUCUGGUCGAGGCCAAGACCAGGGGACAACUCCUAUAAGGAUGAUCGAUGGCACAUUGGCCAGACGGCAGCGGAGGCUCAAGGAACAUGGAAGCGCACGACAGACCGUGCAGCCAGGGAGGAUGAGGAAGAGUUGGAAGACGAAGCUGAUGGUCUUGUCGAUCAGCAGAUGCCCACCCGACAGAACAUGCUUCCUGGUCUUGCUGGUCUGCCGGGCAUAUCUGCACCCAGGUCGUCGUUCCCAGAUGGAACCAGUACUGGUGGAGCUCAACCAUUGCCCAUGCCAGGUAUGAGUGGUAACGGAUUGCCCUUCCCCGGCGGGCCGCCAAUGCUUGGUGGUCAAAGUCUGCCGUUCUCCCUACCUCAAGGCGUCGCACCACCGUUACCUGGUAAUAUGGAUAUUGAGAAACUCAAGCAGAUGUUUGGUGGGCAGCUCCCACCUAUGCCUCCGCCAGGCUCGCAACAGGGAUUUCCUCCACCACCUCCACCGCUUGGUUUCCCAGGUGCGCAAGGGCUACCACCGCCCCCUAUGCCCUUCCCUGGGUUUGCUGGGGCGCCUCCGAUGCCUCCCCCAGGCUUUCCGGGCUUCCCAGGUGGCGCAUCUCCGGAUUUGCAAGGACAGAACAGGCGGAGGGCACCAUUACCAAGUCAAAGUGAGAGCUUGCAAGAGGAAAUUAGGAGGGGAAAGUAUUCGCGGGCAAGAUAGAGUAGCAGUAUGCUUCAAAAAGUGCCUGGAAGCGUGAAAUCGAAUUUCUUUGCAUGCACACUCAUCCCAAAACAAGCAACA